AUCAGUGCUAGCAGGCAUGGCUUUUUGCUUGAUUGUUGGUGCUAGCGGUUGUCAUUCGUUUAGCGACAAACAAAUUUAUUUAAUUCUGAAGUUUUUCACAGAAAUUGUCCGCCAAAAAUAAAGGGCCAACACAGCGCAGGAAGCAACUGUUUCGUUAAAUCAAUUAUCUCGAUCGGCUGUCAUCUGCAUACGCCAUGAAUUCGUCCCGCAGAGGCUAUAAUUCCGGCUCUAAUUACAAUUCUGGUUCCAAUAGCUUUAAUUCUGGCUCGAGUAACUUCAAUCCUGGCUCCAGUAAUUAUAAUUCUGAGCCCAAUUUUUCAAAUAUCCCAUUUUACUUGAUGUCGCAACUGACCUCCGGUGGAGGAAGCGGCGGCAACCGUGACGAUUAUUCUGAAUCUCAAUCAUUCAACAACAGUCAAUACAACUAUUCUAGAAACAGCUCUCAAUCAUCAAACAGUUAUUCCUCGAGCUCCUACGGAUAUGGAGGUGGUUCGCAAAACCAAGGGUCGUUCCAAUACAGCGCUUCGAUGUCGUCGGACAUGACUUCGAACGUACCAUUUUCCUAUGCUGAUAAUGAUUCGGGAAACAACAAACGCAAGAAUCGCGGAUAUCAACCGUGGGUUAAGCGUGACUCUCUGAAGCGCCACACUCCGUAUGCUGGAGAUCGCGGAAUAAAUCUGAUGCAGAAAAUGGGCUGGAACCCGGGUCAAGGCCUGGGUCGGCGAGAAAACGGCGAACUGGAGCCGCAAUUUCCUGAGAUUAAAAUGGACAAACGGGGUCUGGAUGUCGGAAAGAUGUUGAGUGUUCCGUUCACCGUGAAAUCGCAGGGUGGCCGUAAAACACAAAUGGCCACAAUCAAGCUGGUUACGGAAGGUAAAAAUCCGCUUUCAAUUCUGGAGGAAUACUGCAGCAAACGAAAGCUGGAGGCCCCCAAGUACGCGGCCGUGGUCGAUGAGGGUCCGGUCCAUGCCAAGAAUUACGUUUUCAAAGUGACCGUCGACGGCGUCGAUUAUACAUCUGAAAAGGGUUGUAAUGUGAAGAAAACGGCCCGAUCGGAAGCGGCCAAGAAGUGUUUGAUUGAGCUGGGAGUUUUGACUAAAGAGUAAAUUGAAAACAUUUGCAUUGAAGCUUUGAAUUUUACGUUUGAUUCGUGGAUAAUUUGUAUCAAAUUAAUUGAUAUGUAUGUAUUGGUAUUUUAUUAAAUGUAAUAAACUUGUAGAACUUA